AACAGUUUGCAAUCAGCUAAAUAACCUUUAACUACAAAACAUUUCUACAAAAACCUAAUAAAAAAAAUCAAAAUGAAUUUCCAUAAAGUCUUCAUCUUUGUUGCUUUGAUCUUGGCUGUAUUUGCUGGACAAAGUCAGGCGGGAUGGUUGAAAAAAAUUGGCAAGAAAAUUGAACGUGUUGGUCAACAUACCCGUGAUGCCACCAUACAAGGUCUUGCUGUAGCCCAACAGGCUGCCAAUGUAGCAGCCACAGCCAGAGGUUAAUGCUGAAAAAUGUCACAUCAUCAUUUAGAUAUAAAUAGUAUUACUUUGUGUCAUAUUUAGUUUAGGAAAUUGAGAUUAAUUAAACUUAAUAUUUAUUUUGAAAAUAAAAAUAAACUAGAAAUAUUUUUAA